UAUCACUUUGUAGCAAAACUAAUAUGUUUAUGGGAUAUUCUUCCUGUCUCACAGAGAAGCUAACACAACAUGGUUUCAAGGAAGGAUGGGUCUGUGUUGACGUGAGAUACAGGUCAAGCUAACCAAUCCAGUACGGAGCAGUGGCAAGGGCCUCUCCCUUUCCUUCUUUUGGGUGAGGUGAGAGACUCGAGGAGGACUUGUGUGAGAUGCGCUCUACCCUGGCCCUGUGUGGUGGUGGUGGUGGUGGAGGAGAAGGAGGAGGAGAGCGAGGUCUCAGGGCCCGGGUGGGCCGGAUGAAGAGGCUGCUGUGCCUGAGGCCUGUCCAUCGCGUGGACGUGCAGACGGACAUGGAGCCUGGCGUGUGGCUGAGGAGCUUCCAGCUGCUGGACCCCGAGGGACACUCCGAGGACCCAGUGCAGGAGUGGGGCGAGGAGGUCGAGGAGGGCGCCGUGUUCGGCAUUACCCUGCGGCGGGAGCCCACCUCGCCGGACACCCCGACAGACUCCGCCUCUCCCGGCGACGUGCACCCCUCCGUCUUCAGCUUCGUCCAGUACCACACUGUGAAGGUGCGCCGGCUCAAGGCUGCCACCCUGGAGCGUCUGGUCUGCCACCUGCUGGACGCCGAGCACCAGGAGGGCGACUACGCCCGCGUCUUCCUGUCCACCUACCGGACCUUCACCUGCCCCAACACCCUCAUCGAGCUGCUCUUCCAGAGAGAUGACGUGAUGGCCAACCUGGACAACAACGUCUGCUCCAGGAGCACGCUGCUGCCAGUGAUCCGGCUGUGGCUGGAGGAGUUUGGGGAGGACUUCCGCGAGCCGCCCCAGUACCACGCCCUGCGGCUGGUCAUCGUCCACCUGCGCCACCGCCUCUGCUUCCGACGCCUGGCCUUGUCGGCAGAGGCCCUGCUCAAGAGGCUCCAGGCUGAGGAUCACAGCACCUGCCAGGCGACGUUGAAGGAGACCGGUGACUGUCAACAGCCGAAGGAGGAGGAGGGACUAGGAGAGACGGACACCAAGGAGGAGGAGCCACAGGACUGGAUGGACUUCCCAGAGAAGGAGGUGGCCGAGCAGCUGACGAGAUUCGACGCCGAGUUGUUUGCGAGGGUGUCGCCGUUCCAGUGCCUGGGCUGCGUCUGGUCCCAGCGGGACAAGAAGGAGAACCGCCGCGUGGCGCCCACCGUCCGCGCCACCAUCGCCCAGUUCAACGCCGUCACCAACCGCGUCAUCACCUCGCUGCUCUGCCCCUCCCCCCCCGCGCCCUCCGCCGCCCCCUCGUCGUCGUCCUCCUCCUCCGCCCACUUCCCGCCCUCCUCCCCCUCCCCGGGCUCGCCCCGCCGCCCCCACACUAGCCCCGCCCACAGGGCCCGGGUCAUCGAGAGAUGGAUCGGCGUGGCGCAGGAGUGCCGACAGCUGAAGAACUUCUCGUCCCUGAAGGCCAUCCUGUCAGCGCUGCAGUCCAACGCCGUGUACCGCCUCAAGAAGACCUGGGCAGCCGUCGGCAGGGAGUCCAUGGCCACGUUCGAGCUGCUGUGCGAGACCUUCCCUGAUGAGAACUACGUGCUGACCAACAGGGAGAUCCUGCUGGAGGACGGGAGCCAGGCCACAGAGGAGACAACCUCCAAAACGCCCAAAAUCUGCCCGCUGUCCAAGCAAGUGACGUGCAGCAGUGGCAUCGUUCCCUACCUGGGGACCUACCUGACCGUGCUCACCAUGCUGGACACGGCCCUCACAGACACCGUGGAGGGAGGCCUCAUCCACUUUGAGAAGCGCAGAAGGGAGUUUGAGAUCCUGUCCCAGAUCCGCCAGCUGCAGGCCUCCUGCUCCCAGUACAGCCUGCCCCAGCGUGAACACAUCUCCUCCUGGCUACAGGCUCACACCCUGCUCUCCGACCAGGAGAGUUAUGAGCUGUCUCGGUACCUGGAGCCCCCGGUGGACCCCUGCCCCAGCUCCCCCUGCUCCUGGAGCCACCGCCUGCUCACCAAGAAGCUCACCUCGUUGCUGUCCGUCAACGACAGCUCCAGCAGGAGGACGCACGCCGACCAGAUGAGCGUGUCGUCCUCGGGCUCCAGCGGCUCCGAGAUGGAAGACCUGUCCUCCGCCCCCCAGCCCUCCCCUCUCAGGCUCAAACUCCAGUCCCUGUCAGGCUCCCUGCAUGACGUGGCUGAGGACUUCUCCUCGUCGUCCUCCUCGUCCUCUUCCUCCUCGUCCACGUCCUCCUCCCCAACUCCCUCCACCUCCUCCUGCAGCUCCUUGCAGGCCGACCUCAGCUCCUCCACCUUCUCCUCCUCCACGGCGCUGAGUCCAGAGCCCUCCACCUCCUCCUCCUCCUCCCCCCAACCCUCGCUGCCUGUCUACAACAGGCAGGUGGCCGACUCCUGCAUCGUCCGGGUCAGUGUGGAGUUCAGUAACGACUGCAACGUCUACAAGAGCAUCCUGCUGACCAGCCAGGACCACACUCCCCAGGUGAUCCAGCGGGCCCUGGAGAAGCACAACCUGCAGGGCGUCAGUUGCCACGACUUCAGCCUCAGCCAACUGCUGUCCCCCGACAAAGAACUCCAGAUUCCCGACAAGGCCAACGUGUUCUACGCCAUGUGCACCCAGGCCAACUACGAUUUUGUCCUGCGCCAGCGCUGGAGGAGCCACAGCCGUCACCCCUUCACCUCCUCCCCCUCCUCCAGCCCCGGGGCUCUGGCCAGGGUGCGCCACGGCAAGUAGCUCAACGUCGCCUCCUGUGGCCCCCGGAGGGAGAGCGACCACAUCUCGAUUCACAGCUUGCGGCCAACCCCGGCCCCCGCGAGAGGUCACCGAACCUGUCCGAGAGCGUAGCUGUUUAGAAUGUUCCAGCGUGUGUAUCCGCUUUUGUGAUUUUUAUGAUGACGCGUGACACACUCUGUAAGAUGUACGCUAGCUGCUUUGGGAUCAGUCGAUAUCGUUAACCUGAGGACAGGUGCCAUGGAGGUUUUUGGCACGCGAAAUGAUUUGCUGGACCGAAAGGGUGGCGCCGAAAUCGAUGUCCCCAUAUGGAUACGGGAAGCAUCCGGAAUGAAGGAGCUCAGAUGGACAGCUAGCAUGCGUGCUCCCACAGUACGGUGACUGGAAAACGGAAUCAAUUUUAAGAGAGACAGGAAAUGAGAAGGUGAUUGUGUGUGGAUGUUUUAAAGUAUUAGCAGGCUGAGGUGAGAUUCACCAGGAUAAGAAAAAAACGUACCAGGAAGGGAAAAAUGAACCACAGAUUCCAGAGGAACCCAUGACUUUUUCGUAGCACACUAACACCAGCUAAUGUUAGCAAAAAUAAGCUAAGGCUCUCAUGAGGACAACCACACGAGCAACACCGUCAAUCCUAUCACAAUCUUUGGAGGAUAACGCCAUCCCUUCUUUACACCUACGCCAAUGUCGGCUCUGACCGAGCUCUCGGCACUUGACGGUGAGGAUUUGGUGAAAAGAACUGAAGGGAACACUGAAUUGUAUUUACCACACACACACACACACCACUUAACAGACCCAUCCCAGCCACUUCGCUAUCCACAAGGUCAUGCGGGUCAUCGGCCAAGAUGGGAUCAGUGCACCUUAGUGGACACUUGUCCCUCCUGCGUGGUCUCCACAGUCUGGGGGGGGUGGGGGGGAUGGGGGGGGGUGGUGACCAGGGUGACAUGUAAAGACAGGAGUGGACGUUUGGGAUUCCCCCCGCAGGAGAAGCAGCAUUCCCUGGAUACUCAACAUGCCCCCUGCCACUGCCGGAAAGGCUAGCUCAACCGCUAGAACAAACCCCUAGGAAGGAUAACCAUAGCUCUAAUGAUAUCUGUCAUGUAUUUCAUGUGUGUAUUAGAUUGGACUAGCCAGGUUUGCUAAAGAAAUAGCUUUGCUAGCUAGCACGUUUAAGUGUUUCAGGUUUGAGGAGACGUUGAAUUGAUUUUUUUGGUGUUGUUUUACGCUGCGCUUAUGUAAAGCACGUUAACUUACUGGUAGGGCUUUGCCUCGGGUCUGCCUUUCUAGCUGUGUAUGUCGUCGUAUUUAUGGUUGUCAGUUGUGUAAAUGUGAAUGUAUCCAUUGUCAUACCGUGUCCGGGGCCCGUUUUCAAUGUUAUCCAAUGAAGGAGUUGCCAUGCCUGCGUCAUAUUUGUUAAGACGUUGCCAUGUGACACACUGCAGAUGCACAUAGAGAAUGUAAUAUGGAAAAACACUCCUUUGACCUGCUGCUGUACUCUAUAGAAUCUAUACAGUUCACGGGCCUGUCAAAGGGUGGCUUUUGUUCAUCAUGGAAUAGAGAGACAAGUUGAACCGCUUUAGGGGUCACUUCAUCCGCGUGUCAGUACAGAGCAGACCACGCUUUUAACAUGAGGUUGAUACAUUAGUAAAUGGACCUGAUCCCAGAUCUGCUCUCCUACCCUGAGACUCUUCAAACACAGGCACCCAGACCCUGAACACUGAACCUGGGUCAGUUUGGAUGCUCUACCCCACCCCCUCCAUCAUUCUCAACAUGUCUGGGGAAGAGUGAACUGAUUAUAACUGGGUAUAACAGUGCUCAUAAGGAGUUUUAGGCCGCAGCUUUUGUCUACCCGUUAGUGAAGGUGUUCCCGAACGGACUUGUCUUGUGAUGGACCAGAGAAUGUGAAUGUGGACCAGAGAAUGUGAACGUGGACGGUCACAGGAGGUUGUGGUUGCAUUGAGGUUGAUGUGAUGGUAUAGAGGUAUGUGAUGGGUGAUACCUAAGGGCAUUUUGCAGUGUUAAGAUGUAUUUAUUGUUUGCUUGUUUGUUUGUUUGUUUGUUUGUUUUUCGGGGGGGGUGAGCGGAUAAGGGAAGAGAGGGGGGUAUUUGUGCGUAGCCUAAACUCCUUUGUCUGCACUCUAGCCACUAAGCCUCUGGACACAUGGGUAAUAAACUGCUCCUGUGCAUCUUUAUGUUUAUGAAUGAGAGCUGUGUGUGUGUGUGUGUGCGCGCAUGCAAGCAUGUAUUUAUGCUAGUGCGGUCCAGAUGUGUUCAUAAGUUAAUUAAAGCACUUGCCUUUCAAUGUCACCCUUUUGUUUUUAAACUAUGAAAUAUUAAUAAAGUAAUUAAUAUACUCUAA